GGAGGGUUGAAAUAUAGUUCCUGAGAAAUCCGCACCGUGAUGUUGGCGCAGGACGAUGCAGUAACAUCCGUGCUCGGGUUGGUUUGUCUCCCCGCGACUUGGACACUAACCCUCAAGACUGCCUCCGUUUAAAAAAAAAAUUCGUAACCAGAUACAUUAAGCUGUUAUCAUAAAAACCCAAAAAGUAGUCUGAAAAUAGUCGUUGAGGUUGCACGCGGUGGUUAAUAAUCAAUAAAAAAACUCAAACUGGACAGAAAAUGUCCAAGAGACCAAAAAAAGUGUGACUGUGAAAUAUUCAAAGACAAUCGUUUUGUCCAAGAGCCAAGAGCAGCCCCUAAUUUUAUUCUUCGAGUGUCUUCUGCUACUGUGUGAUGAGUUUAUUAAAUUAAAUAUUAAGUCAAAGUAAAAAAAAAAUUAAAAAAGAAGAUAAUAAAAUAACCAUCAAACAUUAAGUCAUUCAUAUAAUCACGCAUUUUCAUACUUGAAACUUACAGGAAAAAUCAGCCGAGAGUGCUACAGUGAAAGUAAUGACAAGACAUCGAUGAGAGCCUGAAAUGUUAACACAAAGCAAGUUUUAUGCUCUAUUUAUUCACUACACUUUCGUGUAGUAUGAUAGGGGGCGGGUCCUUGCAGCUGCGGUGAAGGUGAUGGACGAAAUAAUGGAUUUCGAGGACUGCUCAGGACACCAGUGCUUGUUCUUAGCUUUUGUUGCUUAGUGUUUUGUGUGCAAAAGGAAAAAAUAGUGUUGUGCACUGUGAAGAAAUUAUAAGGAUAUAACAAAAUCAAGCUAAGGCCCGCGGAUAAAUCUCAGAGCCCGCCCCAAACAUCAGUGCCUAUUUUCCUCCGUACCGCUUUUCUCCUGCAUUCAAAACUACAAAAGUGUAUAUAAUUUUUAAAAAAAUAAGAUACAUCAAAGUGACAUUCGUCAAACAUAACGGCGUAUCGCUUAAAAGUCCAGGCUAUGAUAAUUACAAUAGCAGAUUGAGCACAUCGUCGUCGCUUCAUGUAUACGUCGGACAUGAAAAAUCUUGGUUCACGUUGGACUGGCCCCAACAUACCACGCACUGCCGGAGCGCGUUCACUACUGGUCGCCGCAAUUUCACCGAACAAUACCGGGAGACGCAGGCAUAACGUGAGGAGUGAUACUUACCUAACGAGACGGCGGAGUAUUUUUGCAAGCGGCGAAAAGAAAGAGAGCGAGAUAACGAGAAGCUACGUGGUGCAACAGCCGCAUUUAUCCGUCCGAUCCUACAAAACUUCUUUGUACACUACCGCGCAUUCCAAAUUCAAGAAGCACCUUGAUAUUGAUAUUUCUAUAUCUCGCUUACAGCAACACUUUCGCCAUCGACAGUUUUAUUACUUUUCACCUAAGACACAUAGCCGUCAUUUCAGGAACUGUUAGCACCUACCGCAAGAUGAGAGUGAUAGGAUGGAUUUAAAAGCAGGAAAGAAAUAAAAGGUACAAUUACAGGAAGGUGCCGUCGUUGUGCGCAGCGUAGACAAUGUCCGAAGAUUUUGACUCCCUAUCAGAAGAACGAAGUUUGUUCCGUCCGUUCACGCGGGAAUCCUUGGCUGCGAUUGAGGCUCGCAUUGCCGAAGAACUUGCUAAGCAAAAAGAACUCGAGGCUAAAAGAGCACAAAGCGAGGGUGGUUAUGGACGGAAGAAAAAGAAAAAAGAAGCCCGUUAUGACGACGAAGACGAAGAUGAGGGUCCACAGCCUGAUCCAAUGUUUGAGCAAGGGGGGCCCCUUCCAGUCCGAUUGCACAACGAAUUUCCCCCCGAGCUGGCCUCGACGCCUCUUGAAGAUAUUGAUAGCUUCUACCAUAAUCAAAGGACGUUCGUGGUCAUCAGCAAAGGGAAGGAUAUAUUCAGAUUCUCGGCGACGGAUGCUUUAUGGAUCCUCGAUCCGUUUAAUCCAAUUCGACGGGUGGCCAUUUAUAUUCUGGUCCACCCGCUCUUUUCCUUAUUCAUCAUCACCACUAUUUUGGUUAACUGCAUACUCAUGAUUAUGCCCACUACGCCCACCAUCGAGUCCACCGAAGUGAUAUUUACGGGCAUCUACACAUUUGAAUCCGCCGUUAAGGUGAUGGCGAGGGGUUUCAUUCUGCAGCCUUUUACCUAUCUUAGAGAUGCAUGGAAUUGGCUCGACUUCGUAGUUAUAGCUUUAGCUUAUGUGACGAUGGGCAUAGAUCUAGGCAACCUUGCCGCUCUCAGGACAUUUCGAGUCCUCCGAGCCUUGAAGACUGUCGCUAUUGUACCAGGUCUGAAAACCAUUGUCGGCGCUGUGAUAGAGUCUGUAAAAAAUCUGCGCGAUGUGAUAAUCUUAACGAUGUUCUCCCUUUCCGUCUUUGCGUUAAUGGGCCUCCAAAUUUACAUGGGGGUCCUUACGCAAAAAUGUAUAAAAAAUUUUCCAGAAGAUGGUUCCUGGGGUAAUCUAACUGAUGAGAACUGGGAAAAGUUUGUCAGUAAUUCGACCAAUUGGUAUGUUGAUGAUAAUGGAAAUAUGCCUUUAUGUGGUAAUUCAUCCGGAGCUGGCAUGUGUGAACCCGGUUACACAUGCUUACAAGGCUAUGGAGACAAUCCAAAUUAUGGAUACACGAGUUUUGAUACAUUUGGAUGGGCAUUAUUGUCAGCUUUCCGUUUGAUGACCCAGGAUUAUUGGGAGAACUUGUAUCAGUUAGUUUUGAGGUCAGCUGGACCCUGGCACAUGUUGUUCUUCAUCGUUAUCAUUUUCCUGGGAUCAUUUUAUCUAGUAAACUUGAUCCUUGCCAUCGUAGCCAUGUCAUAUGACGAGUUGCAGAAGAAAGCAGAGGAAGAAGAAGCGGCUGAAGAGGAAGCUAUCAGAGAAGCAGAAGAAGCAGCUUUAGCGAAAGAACAUAAAGCUGCUGCACAUGCGGCAGCAAAAGAAGCAGCUGCUGCAGCAGCCGCUGCUGAACAAAUAGUUAAAUCGCCUUCAAAUUUCUCCUGCCACAGUUACGAAUUAUUCGUUGGUCAAGAAAAAAGCAAUGACGACAACAAUAAAGAGAGAAUGAGCAUAAGAUCCGUCGAAUCUGUUAGCGAAUAUAGAGUCAGACCAAUCAACAAUAAUCACAAUGCUGCUAAUAAAGUCCGCAAAGUGAGCGCUGUCUCUCGCGCCCCUAAUGGCCAGUUUACUUAUGCCUACCGGGAAAAUCUGAGGAAGGCAAGCCUUAGUCUUCCUGGCUCUCCUUUCAACCUACGAAGAGGGAGUCGAGGAAGUCAUCAAUUUACCAUUCGAAAUGGACGAGGAAGAUUUGUUGGUCCUCCUGGUGGAGACAGAAAGCCGCUGGUUCUUUCGACGUAUCUUGAUGCCCAGGAACAUCUGCCUUACGCCGACGAUUCAAAUGCCGUCACUCCAAUGUCCGAGGAAAAUGGAACAAUCGUCGUUCCCGUUUAUUACACAAGUUUAGGAUCAAGACAUUCAUCCUACACCUCGCACGCUUCAAGACUUUCUUAUACGUCUCAUGGAGAUCUGCUAGGAGGAAUUGCUAAUGCUGGAAAACCUAUGACCAAAGAGAGUAGACUGCGAAGUAGAUCUGCUCGACCUCCUUCAGUUAAUGGUCACGCAACAGAGCCAUCACAAAAACUUCAUCAUGAUGUAGACAUGGAAGAUCCUCUGGGUAAAAAUAAACAGCCAGACAACCCAUUCAUAGAACCCAGUCAACAAAACGCAGUUGUUGAUAUGAAAGAUGUUAUGGUUCUGAAUGACAUUAUCGAACAGGCUGCUGGGCGGCAAAGCAGAUCAUCAGACCAAGGAGUUUCGACAUACUACUUUCCGACAGAUGACGAUGAGGAAGGUCCUACGUUUAAGGAAAAAUUAUUAUCAGCAAUCGUUCGUGUGAUCGAUUUUUUGUGCGUUUGGGACUGUUGUUGGGCCUGGUUAAAGUUUCAAGAAUGGGUAUCUCUACUAGUCUUCGAUCCCUUCGUAGAGCUUUUUAUUACUCUUUGCAUCGUAGUCAACACUUUAUUUAUGGCAUUGGACCAUCACGAUAUGGACAAAGAUAUGGAGCGGGUAUUGAAAUCAGGAAACUACUUUUUUACUGCUACAUUUGGUAUCGAAGCAACGUUAAAGCUUAUUGCCAUGAGUCCAAAGUAUUACUUUCAAGAGGGAUGGAAUAUUUUUGAUUUUAUUAUUGUUGCUUUAUCACUUUUGGAGUUGGGUCUUGAAGGAGUGCAGGGUCUUUCAGUUUUACGGUCAUUUCGAUUGUUGCGAGUAUUUAAAUUAGCAAAAUCGUGGCCAACAUUGAAUUUGUUGAUAUCGAUUAUGGGAAGAACAGUAGGAGCCUUGGGUAACUUAACAUUUGUGCUGUGUAUUAUUAUAUUUAUAUUUGCUGUGAUGGGUAUGCAGCUAUUUGGGAAAAAUUACACCGACAACGUCGAUCGUUUUCCCGAUGGUACAUUACCAAGAUGGAACUUUACUGAUUUUAUGCAUUCCUUCAUGAUUGUUUUUCGUGUACUGUGCGGAGAAUGGAUCGAAUCAAUGUGGGAUUGCAUGUUGGUUGGUGAUGUCUCAUGUAUUCCAUUCUUCUUGGCUACUGUCGUCAUCGGUAAUUUAGUCGUACUCAACCUCUUCUUGGCGUUGCUUUUGAGCAACUUUGGUUCAUCAAACUUGUCGGCGCCUACAGCAGACAAUGAUACGAAUAAAAUAGCUGAAGCAAUCGACCGGAUAGCAAGGUUUAUCAAAUGGGUCAAGCGAAGUGUCCUCAAUCUUCUCAAAAUGAUGCGGGCCAAACUUACGAACCAGAUAUCCGAUCAGGCGCCAGGUGAGGGACCGUCCAACAGUUGGAAAGAAGAUGGAAUUGACCGGGACGGAGAUCGGGAUCUUGCAGAUGGAGAGCUUGAUGGUUAUAGAGAUAAAAAGAGUGCGAAAGAGUUCAACAAUCAGCUGGAGGUGGCUAUUGGGGAUGGAAUGGAGUUUACCAUUCAUGGAGAUUUGAGAAACAAAUUGAGGAAAGAAAGACUGAGCAUGAACAAUACCAAGGCCCUGGGAAAUUCAAUCAAUCAUCACGACUACAGACUGGAUCAUGAUUAUAUUAAUCAUCAUGAUGACGAUACGAUCAGUAAUAAAUCAUAUGGAAGUCACAAAAAUCGACCGUUCAAAGAUGAGAGUCAUAAAGGAAGUGUAGAUUCGUUAGAUGGUGAAGAGAAAAAAGACGCCAGUAAAGAAGAUCUUGAAGAAGAUGAUGAUGAAGAAAAGGAGGAAGAUGAGUUGGAUGGUCCGGACAUUAUCAUAGCUGAUGAAGAUAUAAUUGAAGCAGACUAUCCAGCUGAUUGUUGUCCAGAUAAUUGUUAUAAAAAGUUUCCAUUUUUGGCUGGAGACGAUGAUGCCCCAUUUUGGCAGGGCUGGGCAAAUCUGCGACUCAAGACUUUUCAACUCAUCGAAAAUAAAUAUUUUGAGACGGCGGUUAUAACUAUGAUUUUACUCAGUAGUUUAGCAUUGGCUCUUGAAGAUGUUCAUCUUCAACAACGACCGAUUCUUCAAGAUAUUCUUUACUACAUGGAUCGAAUAUUCACAGUCAUCUUCUUCCUUGAAAUGUUGAUCAAAUGGUUAGCGUUAGGAUUCAAAAAGUAUUUCACAAACGCUUGGUGUUGGCUUGACUUCAUAAUUGUCAUGUUAUCACUCAUCAACUUGGGUGCUGUCUGGGCUGGUGCUGCUGACAUCCCGGCAUUCCGUUCCAUGCGAACAUUGAGGGCAUUGAGGCCCUUGCGAGCAGUCUCUCGGUGGGAGGGGAUGAGAGUGGUCGUGAAUGCAUUGGUCCAGGCUAUCCCGUCCAUCUUCAACGUAUUGCUCGUUUGUCUUAUUUUCUGGCUCAUUUUUGCUAUUAUGGGAGUACAAUUAUUCGCUGGAAAAUAUUUCAAGUGCGUUGAUAUGAAUAAAACGACAUUGAGUCAUGAAAUAAUACCAGAUAGAAAUGCUUGUAAAGCUGAAAAUUAUACAUGGGAAAAUUCUCCAAUGAAUUUCGAUCACGUAGGAAAGGCUUAUUUAUGUUUGUUCCAAGUUGCAACAUUCAAAGGCUGGAUACAAAUUAUGAAUGAUGCUAUAGACUCUAGAGAAGUGAAUAAACAGCCAAUUCGCGAAACGAAUAUUUACAUGUACCUUUACUUCGUAUUCUUCAUAAUCUUUGGAUCAUUUUUUACUCUUAACCUGUUUAUCGGAGUUAUCAUCGAUAAUUUUAACGAACAGAAAAAGAAAGCUGGGGGCUCAUUAGAAAUGUUCAUGACUGAAGAUCAGAAAAAAUACUACAAUGCAAUGAAGAAGAUGGGUAGUAAAAAACCGUUGAAAGCUAUUCCUCGACCAAGGUGGCGACCACAAGCUAUAGUGUUUGAAAUAGUGACAGAUAAAAAGUUCGAUAUGAUAAUCAUGUUGUUUAUCGGUCUCAACAUGUUGACGAUGACACUCGAUCACUACCAACAGACUGAAACAUUCAGCAGUGUGUUAGAUUAUUUAAAUAUGAUAUUCAUUGUGAUAUUCACCAGCGAGUGUCUCAUGAAGAUCUUUGCUCUACGUUACCACUACUUCAAGGAGCCUUGGAAUCUCUUUGAUUUUGUUGUUGUUAUAUUAUCAAUAUUAGGGUUGGUACUAAGUGAUAUUAUCGAGAAGUACUUUGUAUCACCAACAUUACUUCGAGUCGUCAGAGUGGCCAAAGUCGGACGAGUACUGCGUUUGGUAAAAGGAGCCAAGGGUAUAAGAACAUUACUCUUUGCCUUGGCCAUGUCGUUACCAGCGCUCUUCAACAUCUGUUUAUUGCUCUUCCUCGUCAUGUUUAUCUUCGCAAUCUUUGGCAUGUCCUUCUUCAUGCACGUGAAGGAUAAAAGCGGCCUCGAUGACGUCUAUAAUUUCAAAACAUUUGGACAAUCUAUGAUACUGCUGUUCCAGAUGUCAACGUCAGCCGGUUGGGAUGGCGUGCUCGACGGUAUCAUAAAUGAGGAGGAUUGUCAGGAACCAAAUAAUGAAAUUGGAUAUCCUGGCAACUGUGGCUCGUCGACAAUAGGAAUUGCAUACCUAUUAUCGUACCUCGUCAUCAGCUUCCUAAUCGUCAUCAAUAUGUACAUCGCCGUGAUAUUAGAAAAUUAUUCACAAGCGACAGAAGAUGUGCAGGAGGGAUUGACCGAUGAUGAUUACGAUAUGUAUUACGAAAUAUGGCAGCAAUUCGAUCCAGAUGGAACGCAAUAUAUUAGAUAUGACCAGCUCUCUGACUUCUUGGAUGUUUUGGAGCCCCCUUUGCAAAUACACAAACCGAAUAAGUAUAAGAUCGUGUCGAUGGAUAUCCCCAUAUGUAAGGGAGACCUUAUGUUUUGCGUGGAUAUCCUCGAUGCCCUCACCAAAGACUUCUUCGCAAGAAAGGGUAAUCCCAUUGAAGAAACGGCAGAGCUGGGUGAAGUUCAAACACGACCAGGUGAAGUGGGUUACGAGCCUGUGUCGUCUACAUUAUGGCGCCAGAGAGAGGAAUAUUGCGCCCGGCUUAUACAAAAUGCCUGGCGUAAACACAAACAACAACGUCUUGGUGGACCGAGCGAAGAGAGCGACGAUCCUGAUAUGGAUCCAAGAGUUCGUCAGACUGCAGUACUUGUUGAAAGCGACGGCUUCGUUACGAAGAAUGGCCACCGUGUCGUCAUCCACAGCCGAUCGCCAAGUGUCACAUCACGUACUGCGGAUGUUUGAUCUUAACUCAAAUCGUCGCAAGGACCAUCAUCAAAUCCUUGAUCUUUUAUCGCUCUGCCAAUUUCUCUCUUUCUCGUGCUGCUUCUACGCAACAGCCUUAUAGUUUUAUAAUCAACGUGAUGCCGUUCCUGCAACGAGUUGCCUUUUUCGUCGGAUCGCACUGUCACGUCUCGCCAUUAGAAGCGAUCGUCAAGUAAAAAUAAAAAAAAAAAAAACAAAUAAAUAAUGAAUAAUAAUUAAUGGACUUGUCCACAAAAUAAAGUUACCUCGAGCAUGCCUCGACGUCGUCCACUUGUGAGUCCACGAUUGACUCUUGAACCCUUCCCCUGAUGGUUAAAAGCUCUUUGCUUGCUUGUGUUCUAUAACUGCUCUCUAUUUUUUAUCUUUUUUUCUCUACUCCUGGCAACAAGAUUAUAAAACCCACCAUCACCAGCAUUAACCGCGCUUCGCUUUGUUCUUCGAGUUCGCUUCCCCUCAAAAUGAAUUCGGAAGAUCAAAAAACUUUUUAAACAUUCUAUUGUGCCACGUGUAACAUCAUUCGUGAAUGUCGGAGCGCGGUUUUACGCAUCAUCUAUCUGUGAACGACGUAGAAGAGAAUCGAAUUAUCUCGACGAGCACCAUUCCACGCAUCAUCUCUCGGCCGAUUGCCCGAUUGCAACUAGCAACAAACCAAAACAAUUCAGAAUCAAUCGUCUCUGUCGCUUUAUUCAAUAUUUUUUACAUUCUUUUAUUACUCUCGUUAUUUACUAUUGUUAUUGAUUAUUAUUAUUAUUAUUAAUUAUUAUUGAUUAUUGUUGUUAUUAUUAUUAUUAUUAUUAUUACUUAUUGUUAUUAUCAUAAAUACUAUUAAUGUUAUUAUUAAUGUUAUCAUCAGCAUAAAUAUCAUUAAAUCAAUAAAACCACGCGUAUGCAGAUAAUGUGCUGUAUUUUAUAAUAUUGAGCUUUCUUAAAAAAAAAAAAAAAUGCCCAUAACUUUAACUAAAAAACUUUUUUCAUAUCUAAAUAUAUAAAUGUAUAUUUCUUUCUCAUUAUUCAUCGUAAUGCAUUGUCGAAAUACGUUUAAUAAAUGUAAUAACUUUUUCUAUCCGAGUGAAUGAAUGAUUGCAUCAAGGGCAAAAAUGCGAAACGAUCGCGAGUUUUAGAUUAUAAAAUUUUGAACCAAAAAAAAAAUAAUAAAUAUAUUAUUAAAAGAAUUUAAAUAUUAAUAAUAAAGCUGUUGAAAAUGUAAUAUAAUUUUUGGUGUAUCAAAAAAAAAAAAAAAUCUAAACGAUAAAAUUUGCGAUCGUUUUUCAAGUUGAAAAAAUUUGAAAUUAUAUGAAUAAUAAUAAUAGUAAUAAUAAUAAUUAAACGUGCAUUAGAAAUUCGACGAAUGCUUCAGAGUAAAUGAGUUACAAAGUAUUAAAAUAAUAAUUACACUCAAUGAUUGCCUGCACAUUACUUAAUCACGAGAUUGAAGCUAUGAAGUAAUUGAAUUAAGUAAAAUGAAAAAAUAAAUAAAAUUAGCGAUAUAAAUGAUAAAUUGUGACGUGAAUUAACAAUGAAUUAAAUUAAAAAGAAAACAACACUCUUACGCACUCGUAUUUUGCGUAAGCAAAGCUGUGGAUUAAUAAAAAGAAAAAUAAUUAUAUAAUUUAUUAUAAGUAAAUAAAAGUGUAAGAUAGAAAAGCGUAUAUGAUGAAAAGCUCUCACGUAAUGAGUAUUCAUCAUAUGUGCACCUAUCGGCCACGCUUUCACGUUUGUUUAAUUCACCCACUGUUUAUUCAUUUAGCCUUCUAUCAAGUACACCAAAGCAACUCUCAUUGUGCAGAAUAAUGAGGCAAAUAAAUAAAUAUAAGAACAUUUAAUUAAAACGAAUUCAUCAACAGCAAAUGAACAACAUUGACUGACUUUCAUAUCAACUUACUUUGAUGCCAAUUAUUGAUCAUUAUAUAUUCAAUAUAAAAUUAUAUAAUUUAAUAGCAAAGUAAUGGGCAUAAAGUAAUGUGAUAUUUUAAAGCCAGUUGGUAUAAAAAUACUAAGAACUUAUGUGCUCGCUAUUUUUCUAUGCUAUAAUUAUGCGUGAUGGAUUCAUGAGAAGAUAUUAAAUAAUUAAGAGAACAAUCAGUCAUGGCUCUUAGCAAUUUUUCAAUUAUAAUACAAAAAAUGUAAAAGAAGAAACGCAAGAUCCUUUGUUGUGUGUUAUAAGCUUUAUAUAGUUAUCAGUCAAAUGAAUUUAUUGCUUUGAUAAUUCACAUGCAAUCUAAGCUUCUUGCGUUUUUAUCUUAAAUUUAGGAUACAUAUAGUAUUCAUAAUGUCAACACAAUUUAGAUGACAAUGGAAGUGCUUAUUUUGCAAAAAAGAAACAAGCAACAAUGUUCAUUAAUUUAAGCUAGAAAAAUUUAAAAAAGAAAAUCCAUUUAUAAAUACAUGAAAAUAAAUAAAACUUCAUUGAUUAAGUCAAGAGAAUCAUUUUAAAUUAAUUACAUUAUCAAUGUCAAAUCUGCUUACCAAAAUAUACUAAAUCGCCGAUCAUGAUCAUAAUAAGGAUAAAAUUCUUUUUUUAUAUAAUUAGAUUUUUCGCUAUCGUGACUCCAUCGAAUUUAUAACGAAAAAAAAAAAAAAACUUAAUAUUUGAUUUAAUAUUUUAAUUUUUAAUAAAUUAAUAUUAAUAACAAAAUUAAAUAAAUAAUAAGAUAAACCGAAAAAAAAUCUCCACUGACAAAUUGCCUUGAUUGCAACAUUAUAUGCUCGGAAACGAAAGCAAAAAUGAUAUGUGAAUAAAAGAAACAGAAUUAUAAUAAUUUGGAUUUAUAUUAUAGCUGUUGUAAUAUGUGCAAAUAAUUCUAUCACGUCAUUUGGAUGCAUCAUAUGUACAUGUAUAUUUUCUACAAUUAGCUUAAAUCAUUGCAUAUAUAUAUUCAUCAAUAGAAGCAAUAAGUAUCAUUAAAAUUUUAUUCAUAAUUAGUAACAUUUUGCAAAUUGGGUGAUGUAUGAAAAUGGUGUUCAAUUCGAUUCUUCCCCAGAAUAUGACCAAUUCAUGCAUACACCAAAGCACAUACACGUAAAAGUUAUUUAAGAAUAAUAUUUGCAGGUAAUAAUAAUUAUAAUUAUCAUUGUAACAAUAAUUAUUAUGGUAAUAUUAAUGGUAAUGAUAAUGAUAAUAAUAUUAAUAAUAAUAACAAUAAUAAUAUUAAUGAAAAUAAUAAUACAAUUAAUUUUAAUGAUAUUAAUUAUAAAUAAAUAAAUAAAAUCCUCGAUAUUUCCACAUUUAACGAUUUCUAGGUAAGUUUCGCGCGUGUAUAAAUAAUAAUAACAAACACUAUGUGAUUAUCUGAAGGCUUUAAGUGUGUAUAUUUUGAAAUAUCAAGGAAUGAAGAUAUAGAGAACAAAUGUUAAGGAAAAAUAUUAAAUCAAAAGCAUGGAAAUUGAUAAACUUCCCCUACAAAAAUAUUUCAAUAUCAAUCACACAACUCCAGUUAGUGAUUUAAUAUUUUUUCUCAAAUAGAUCGAUCUCAUCAAGUGAUUAUAAAAUGAUUAUGAUGAUUAAUUAUAAAUAAAUAUUAUAAUAUUUGAGGGUAUUGUCGAAUUUACUUUGAAUAAAUUUGGCUUAUAUUUAUUAUUAUUAUUAAUCGGUAGUAGCGAUAAUGGGGAGAGUAUGUAUAUACUUUGAUAUGUUUUAUCUAUAUAAAUAUCUGUUGAUUUAUAUUCAAAUUUUAAUUAUGUUUCUUACAUAAUCGCUGAGUAAAAUAUAACAUAAAAAACAAAAAAAAAUUAACGUACUUUCUCCGUGAACGAUACUGCCGUUAUUCAUAAGUUUAUUAUUGUCACAAGUGAUUAAAAGAAAAUGAACAAAAAAACCAAAGGAAAAUUAAUUAAAUAAUAAAUGAUAGAUAAAAUGAUCGAGUAUGAAGUGAAUUUUAAAAUAUUGAUGAAUGAGUAGUUAAAGAGGAGCUGAUGAAUAGCUCGUUCAACGACAGAAAUUGACCGUAGUAAUAUUCAGAAUAAUUAAAUAAAUGAAUAAACAAAUUAAUUUUGAAACCAUGUGAAAUAAACUAAUUAUAUUAAUAAUACUAAUAAUAAUAAUACAUGCUGUCGGAAAACGAGGUAUCGAGAAGCACCUUGAGCUUUCUUACAAUUUAAAUUUUUUCAGAAUCUUUCAUUGCAAUCAUAAGAUAAUAAUUGAUAGAAAGCUAUUAUAACGUGCGAAGCUAAAAAAAAAAUACAGAGCCUGUCGGCCAGUAAUUAAAAAUGCAACUGCCAUGGGUAAAAAGCUAGGUAGAUGAGCUGAGAAUCCAAUUUUCAACAACCUAGCGAUGGGAAUAUUAUACCUACCAAUAAAAAAAAAAUAAAUUAAAUAAAUUAAUGAAAAUAAGAAAAAAGAUAGAGUACUGUCCAUUAUAUACACGUUCUGUUACAUUUACAAAGUAAUGUACUUGUACGAAUGGAGCAAAUGAAGCAGAUUUUAAAAAAAUGUAGAAAAGAGGAUCCUCAGUUGAACGAGAUUCAUUAAUCUAAACGCAGAAAAUUAAUAUGAGUUAUUUGCACAAUAUUAUAAAUAAUUACUAUGUUUAUUACGAUUACUGAAUUUUAAGAGCAAAUAAUGCAAAGAUAAAAAAUGUUGUUAAAUAAUUAAUACAAGAUGAUGAUUAAAAAAAUAAUAAAAACGAGCAAAAACAAUAAAUGAUUUAGUGAAGGAUUGAUAUUGGAUCAAAAAAAAUUUAUUUGAUAUUUAUUAUAGUUUAAACGAUUCGUAAUUAGUUACUGUAAUUAUGUAAUUCCUACGAUAAUAUAGUUAACAAUUAACAAGUUGUUACCGCUUUGUUAUACACAAUAUAAUUAAUAUAUAAUAAGAUUAUAAAGUAAGCCAAUGCAUCGUUAAUUGGUCCUUUAUUUAGGCUAUAAUUAAUCAUUAGAUAAUGUCUCCACUGUUUUAUUAUUUCGCUAAUAUAUAUUUUUAUUUUUCUUUUCUAAAAUCCAAUAUUCGGUUUGUUGAUCCGCGUGGCCGAACGGAUAUACACAUUUUACAGAAAUAUUUUCAAUAAAUGAAAAAAUUAAACACUU